ACAAUUUCUCUGCAUUUGAUUUGAAAUUCUUAAAAGAUUCGUCUCUCUUUUUUCACGAUCUUUCCAUUGCCAUCAUCAAAAUUUGUGAUACAAUUUUGUUUGUUUGUUAUAAGGGCCAGACAUUUUUGCUUCUUAAUUUCUAUAAAUAUAAAUGUAAAACUGAAAAAGGUGACAUUUGUUUUGCUUUGAUAUUUGAUUCAAUCAACAAUCUCUUCAUGUUCGUGCGUGUCUGAUCAAUUAGCAGCGUUGUUGGUCAAUUGGAGUCCACUCAACAACAAUGACAUUAGCAAAUAAUUUGCAUGUUUCCCCAUAUGAUGGCGAUGAGAAAGAUAAUGUGCAAUUGGAAUCAUGUCCCAAAACAGCCACUAAUAAUGAUGAGUACCAGAAAGCAAUCACACCACGAUCAAUGCGUUAUUUUAUUCUCAUAUCGACAAUCAUUGAAUCUAUCAUUUUUUCCGGUUUGAUAUUCGGGUGGCCAGCAUUAUUUUAUAUGCUUAAGAAUGAGCAAAUUUAUUCUUAUCUUUGUCCAAACAAUAACUAUAGCGUUGAUGAUGAUGAUAUUGAUGAUUUUGAUAUUAAUCAAACCACAAUCAAUCCAAAUGACAAGCAGCAGUUGCAACAUUAUGGGCGUGAUAAUUGCAUUCCACAGGAGAAUAUUCUAAAUAUGGCAUUUACCAUCGGUAUAUUCUCCAUGGGUUUUACAUCAUUUGCAUGGGGUUUUUUACUUGAAUCGAAAGGAUUACGUUUUGUACGAAUAGCUCUCAACCUGCUUAUUAGUGUGGGAUGUUUUUUGCUAUCGAUUACCGAUUCAGAUACUUCCAUACGUAUCAUACCGGCCAUCAUUAUAUUAGGUUUGGUUGGUGUUCCAUUGCGUAUAGCUAAUAUGCAGAUUGCCGAUUUUUUCCCAUUGAAGCGUUCAACAAUAAUAACAUUAUUUAGCGGUGCAUUCAGUGCAUCACCGGUCAUAUUUGUAUUGAUCAAAUAUGGUUAUGAUAAUUGGUCGUUGAGUUAUUUUUGGGCAACAUUCACAUUGUUUCUAACAAGUAUCACCUUAUUACCGUUGAAUACAUUCUGUUUGCCACGACUAUCGGUUCGUACAAGAGAGAAAACAUUGCUCAAAAGAUAUGAUGAAUAUUGUGCCAAAAUUGAAGCACUCGAUCUGGAAAUGAAUAAAGGCAAGCCACACUUCAUCAAUAAUAAAAUGCUCAAAACCAUUACCGAUCAAAUGAAUGAACAAGAAUCGAAUAAAUUAUUGCUACAACAACCCGAUAACAAUGCCAACAACACAACUAAAACACCGAUAAUUGUUAAUUUUAGCCAAUUUCAGCGAGAAAAAGAAACUGUUCGUAAACCGAACCUACUUAAACGAAUAUUCAAACCAGUCAAAACUGCCGACAAUGAAAAUGAACUGCCACUUCGUGUAUCGUUGAUAUCUAUUUCUUUUUUGAUGCAUCAACUAUGGUUUUCGUGGAUUAAUACCUAUAUGGUUCUUUAUUCUGGAUCGAUGGCCUUAUGGUUGGAUCGUGUUACUGAUGAUGAUCGAGAAAAAGGCCAAUUCACACAGACAUUCGGUCUGGUUCAGGUGAGUGCAUUGAUUAUAGCACCAAUCGCUGGCGAUGUAAUCGAUCGAAUCGUUCGUCGAGCUCAACACAUUCAAGAUGCCAAUGGUCGUCGUUUGAUGCAGGCACAAUCCGGCUUCGGUCCCGUUCUCUUCACCACACUGACUUUGCUUGGAGCGGUGAUUUGUAGAUUUUUCGACACGUCAAUAGCCGUUUAUCUAUCGAUAGCAUUUAUAACCAUAUUACGUGCAUUAUUCAUUGCUGUAGCAUCAGCCUAUCUGAGAGUUCGGUACCCAGCUAAUCAUUUUAAUCGAUUGAAUGGCAUUAUGUGCACUAUUGGUGCAUUCUUUUCACUAUUGCAAUUUCCAUUAUUCUAUUUUGAAUCCAAAUCUCAUUUGGGUGCAUUUCAGGUUAAUUCAGUUUGUGCCAUAUUGACUGUAUUAUGUUUGCUUAAUCCAUUGAGCUUACGCAUUGGUUCAAUACAGAAACGAUUAAUCGACCGAGAACAAUGUUAUGGAAAAUAUUUAAUGCAAAACAAAUCUAACACCAUCAAUAAUAAUAAUCAUGUCGUCAAUCCAAUUGAUAAUUAACCAAGCAUUUUUCACACCCGACAAACAUGCAAAAUGAUUAUUUUC